AAGACAGUAGGAAAGAAAGAGUACAGCGUUCGCUUUUUAGCAGCUUUUAAUGUUAGAAAGAAUGUAAUCGCUGGGGGCAGAGCCCACUGGAGCGGGACCUCCCUCCCAAAACUGCCGGGAUAAAUCCACUUCCCCCAGCGAGGCAGGCGCCUCCUCGAAAGCACGGAGAGCCUUCCAGCCGCCCCGGAGCCGCAGGAACAGCCAUGUCCACCGGCAAGAUCUGCUGCCUGGUGCUGCUGAUCCUGGGGGUGCUGGCAGUGGCAGUGACACUUGUGGUCAUCCUGACUCAGCCCAGGUGCGCUCCGCAGCAGUACCUGCACGGUGCCGUGGCUGCUGACACGGAGAGCUGCUCCCUGGUGGGCCGGAACAUCCUGAAAAGUGGAGGCACAGCUGUGGAUGCUGCCAUUGCUGGCUUGAUCUGCACUUCAGUGAUGAACCCUCAGAGUUCAGGCCUGGGUGGUGGGGUUGUAUUUACCAUCUAUAAUGCCAGCACAGGAGCAGUGGAGGUGAUCAACGCCCGUGAGACAGUCCCACGAGUGUUUCCUGACAAGUUAUUGUCUGGCUGUGGUCCUGGUUUUCCCAGUGGUCCCAGCUGGAUUGGCGUGCCCGGAGAGCUCCGCGGCUACGAGGAAGCCCACAGGCGACACGGCCGCUUGCCAUGGAAAGCCCUGUUUGAACCAACCAUCCAGCUUCUCUCGGAGCCACUUGCCAUUUCCCCAGUUGUGGACAGAAUUCUCCAGCACCCAGCCAUGUCUGCUCUGGGGAAAAGCCUGUGCCCACUGCUGUGUGAUGGCCAAAGGUUCCUGAAGCGUGGCGAGACCUUCCGCUGGCCAGCGCUGCAGCGAACGCUGCGAACUGUGGCAGAGCACGGAGCUGCAGCCUUCUAUGGGGGAGAGAUAGGACAGGCCCUGGUGCAGGACAUCAGCCAGGCUGGGUCCAAUCUCUCACUGGAGGACCUUAGGGCAUACAAAGCAGAGGUGUCCUCAGCUCUGAACAUCACCCUGAAUGACCACACGAAGGUAUUUGCUCCAGGACCACCCAUGGGAGGUGCAGUGCUGAUGUUCAUCCUCAAGGUAUUGGAAGAGUAUAAAUUCCAUAAAGGAUCACUGGCAACACCUGAGCAGAAGGUAGAAACCUAUCACUACAUUGCAGAGGCCCUGAAGUUUGGCAACAUGCUAAGACCCAACAUGAGUGACCCAGCCUUCUCUGAAGCUCAGGUGCCUCUGGGGACCCUGCUGUCUGACCAGUUUGCUAAGUUUGUGAGGCAGCAGAUAGACAGUCGUGGUGACCACCCUCUCAGCUACUACAGGCUGCUGGAGCCCCUCUACAGUGGCAAGUACAGGAGCAUGGGCACGAGCCACAUCUCUGUGCUGGCUGCGGACGGCAGCGCCGUGUCUGCCACCAGCACCAUCAACUACCCGUUUGGCUCCUUGGUGUAUUCUAACCAAACUGGGAUCAUUUUAAAUAAUGAACUUGCUGACUUCUGCAUAGCAAACAGAAACAUUAAACCAGGAGAGAAGCCUCCCUCAGCAAUGGUGCCUUCCAUCCUCAUCUCCAAGUCAGGAGACAUGCUGGUGAUUGGAGGAGCUGGGGGGGGCUGGAUUAUCAGUGCUACCACCAUGGGGAUUAUAAACAAGCUGUGGUUUGGCUAUGACUUGGAACAUGCCAUUUCAGCUCCUGUCAUGCACACCCAGGGUGAUAGUGUCCUAUUUGAGGAGUCUUUCAGCAAGGAGGUUAAGACUGGCCUGCUGGGAAGAGGACAUAAGGAAAAGCAAGAUAAAUUUGCAAUGAAUGUUGUACAGGGAAUUUCCAAGGAAGGAAAAUGCAUCUCUGCUUACUCUGAUAAAAGGAAGCUGGGGAAAUCAGCUGGAUAUUAGUGUGAAAUGCCACCACAACUCACAAAGCCACAGGAGAUUCAGAACAUGCUUUGCUUGGACAUGCCCAUAAUUUCCUGUUCCCAUCAGGAUGUCUCCUGGAGCAUGGGCAGACUGUGGUUACAUCUAAUUCCAGUAGAGUGCAGGUCACCCUCAGGCAAUACAAGGAGAGGUCAGCCAACCUUGUUUAGAGCUACACCUUUCAUUAUUUAUGUGAUACACAGAGAGCAUAUUGAGCACAUCAGUUACUCAGAAUGAGAGAAUACAAAGUGUGAAAGGAAAAUUGGUCCAAACCCCACUGAGAACACUGUGAAAUGUGGAGCUGUAUCCUCCAUUCCUGAUGGAGUCUGGGUUUCUUUCAGGCUGCUCCACAAUAAGCUUAUUGCUGGGGCUCAGCAAUAUGAAAUACAUAACUAUUUUAGCUAUGAGCAAGAAGCAUCUGUAGGGUGAGGAUUUUAAAGCAUUUGAAGCAUUCAAGCUUAAAGUGUGGAUUUGGAAAGGGAAGAGAACAAAAUUCCACACUCUUCCUCUGUUUUCCCAUCCAAAGAAGCCCAGCUUUUCCCCAAGGUAGCAGAUGAAAUCACACCAUGGCACAAGUGCUGCCCUGCCUGCUGCUCUCUGCCUCGGGGGUGCAAAGGACCCCACAAAGGCUCAGGGUAACUGCACCAACACUUCCUCCAGCCCUCACACUGUGACUCUGAGAAUAGCCUCCCAUGGGACAUGUGAUUUCCCUGCUCCUGGGACCAACAGGCUUCAGCUCAGCUCCCUGGAGCUGCCUCUCCUCUCCCUGUGGUGAGAUGGGUCCAGCUGUGCCAGCUCUCCCUCCUCCACACUGGUACAUCAGUCUCUGGGAAGGCAGGCAGGAAGGCAGCAGAAAUGCUGUGCUUGCAAACUUUAGAAGUCUCUUCAAAUUGCAAAGUAUAUGUGAUCAGGAGAUGUCAUUUGUAGCCCUGAGCUCAGCCUGGCCAGGCAAACACCAGAACUGAGAAGUGAUGCAGCACUAUUGGGCAUUAGCUACAUGCUCCAAAUCCAUGUUUAUCACAGCUGGGCUCUAGUGCUCUCUUCAGACCACAAGGAGGACAUUGUAGGACUUAACAACCAUCACAGAAAGAGAAAACUUUAGGAGAAGAGACCUGAACACAAAAGGUCCUAGAUUUUGCACCUGGAUGCAAAAGGUCUUUUGCAGUUAAUCCAUAACUUUGCCCUGCUCAAAAUGGCCAAGGGAAUGAAACAUUUAAGAAAGUAAAACCUAAAACCCACAAAACCCCCAAAGCUCUUCAAAUAUACAGGGUCAAAUUCCCAGAAUCCUCCAAAAUUCCAUUUUCUGGAAGCUUCUGAGCCUGAUUGCCCUGUGGGCACAGAGUGUGUCUGAAAGAGAGAAAACAGAGCCAGGCACUAGCAGAGCCCUCCCCCUCACACACAGAGCCCAUGGGACUCCUAGCUCUCCAACAAAUAGAAUCCCUCUGUAAACAUCAUAACAAGCACACACUGUUAAAAAACACAAAUUAGAACAAGGCCAGCUAGAUUUGAAGCCAAUGUUUUUACCCAUAAUACCUGUCCAAUAAAGCCAUCAAUUUACUGAAAUCUCAGCCUUCACUUGCAUUUUAGUGAUGGUCUGAGUGAAGCUGAGCAGAGCCAGAUGUGUUUUCCUUCAGAAGUGAUACACCAAGGAUUGCAAGGACUGCUGUACCAGUGAAUGAUUGCUGAGUCACCAGACUGUGACCAUAAGCCCUUAAUCAUGCUGGAAAUCAAGUUACUCAUGGAUGGAGCCAGCUCCAUGCACUGCCCCACUCCCUCCUUGUCCAAGUGGAACUCAUGUUAAUUCCACAGAACUGGCUCCUCCAUCAGAGCUGCUCACUCACACCGUGGAAUUGGCCUGGCCCCCUGUGAGGCAGCAUCAUAGUGCUGGUGAAUGGGAAAGGAAACAGCCCUAAAAGCUGAUAAGGGGCAGUUUUUAUGUUCAGUUGGAAGGGCUUACAUUGACUGUGAUUACCAAAGAAACCAAAUCUAAUUUGCUGAAGUUUUCUACCUUCACUCCCCAGCUAGCAGUUGCUGGGUGCAUCAGUUCUAGUGUCAGAAAUAACACCUGACAGAGCUGUGCAAGGGGAAGCACUGACAGGAGUCAGACACCAUCUGCAGCACAGACCAUACUGGAGGCUGGCUCUGCAAGAUCCACAGCUACUUCCAGCUAAUCCCACUGAGCUGAGAGUUUACAGUCAGCAACAGAGAGUGACACUGGCUGGAGACAGGGAGAGCACUCCUGGCUUCUCUAUCGGGCUUCAGGACCACCUUCAGCAGUGCUGUGGUCCCUCUCCACUGUGUUUCACUACAGAAAACCCAAGGCACCAAGUAACUAAGUCUUCCAUUACCUUUGCUUCUGACACACCUUAGGGUGAAGCACCCUGCAGUACUCCAGCCUAUCACCUUUUCAGUGCAGUAGAAUCACAGCUACUUCCCACCACAAGGACACAGGAAUAUUAUCUUUAGUCCAGUACUCACUGCAGUUUAACUGCUUUACUAUUAACUUUGCAAGUGUCAGUUUAAAAACCCGUCAUAUAUUUAGUUUGCAAGACAGAAGGGAAUGGGAGUACAGAUGUCUCAGUGCCACAGAGACUUCCAGUCCUGCAGUCCUUCCUAGCAGGACACCUGGUGAAGCUGAGAUUGUACCUGCUUUGGCACUUCUGCUCUUGCCCUGCCACCUCCUCACUGCUGCUGAAAUCUGCUGUGUCAAGAGCCUCUCAGUUUGGUCUCUCCACAUUCCUGCUCCUCCCAACAACAGAGCAUUAUUUUUGUACUGAAAUCAACUUACAUGGACUUCUAAAGCAUCAUUGUACAGAAGCUGCUCUAUUUUCUAAUGAAGUCUUUAAGUUAUACUUUUAGUAAAAUGUUUUUAAACCUG